AUGGCUCUCUCACGUUCAAACCGCAUACUUUCUUUUUCCUCACUCUUCUGCAAUACUCGUCCGUCUUUGUCAAUUUCCUGUCGAAACUCUGUCCUCGCGUUCACCCGUUCUUACGCAACCAAUAAUGGCGAUCGGGAGGAGUCCACAGAGAAGAAAUCAGGAAUCAAAAGAUUGUUCAGCUCUUCAAGUAGCUCGAACGAACAGUCUGAGAGUACAGCUAGUAUCAUUACUAAGGUAUUACGUGGUGAUGAUUCUGUUGAGGACACGUACUCGAAAUUGCUUGCGCGUGGGAAGUACGUUCACGAGAUGCAAAAACAUCGAGUUAAGCCUGAAUACGUUGAGGAUUACAUUAAGCUCGUUUCUAUUCACUUUCCGAGAAUAGCCAAGAACCCAGAGAAUGCCGUCCAUCUGUGUGGAAGUUGGCAGGCUGAUAUUGGUGAAUUGGAUACAUUUGUUCAUAUGUGGGAAUAUCAGGGAUACACUCGAUAUGAACAGACACAGCAGAAAUUAAGGAAUGACCCGGAAUAUAUCAAGUUUGUGAAAGAAUUAAGACCAAUGCUACGUAGCCGUGAUAACCAGAUAUGUCUCGAAUUUGCGUUCUGGGUAACUAGUCCGCCGGCUGAACAUGGUGGCAUAUACGAAUUGAGAUCUUACCAACUGCGGCCUGGUCAUUUACUAGAGUGGGAGUCCUACUGGCGCAAGGGGCUUGAAUGUAGAAGGCAAUUCUGUCAACCUGUUGGCGCUUGGUUUGCUCAACUGGGCAGACUGAAUCAAGUUCAUCAUAUGUGGCAAUAUGCUGAUCUUGAAACUCGUAAGAGUACUCGCGAAGCAGCAUGGCAUAUCGACGGAUGGGCUGAAACGGUUUACAAGACUGUACGCCUGGUCGAGAAGAUGGAUGCGUGGAUUCUGAAACCUCUCCCGUUCAGUCCGCUUCGAUAA